AUGGCAUCUUUGCAAUUGAGGAGUUUCCAAUCUGCUUUCCGUGGCAGCACUCACCUGCUGCGCCACCAGCAGCGUCGAUGGGCUCAGGUUCACGACGUCCGCUUCCUUGCUUCUCAUCACGAUCCCAAAUAUGUUCAGGACAAGUACCGCGCCAAGCUGGACCAGAAGGCCAAGGAAGAGGGCCAUGAAUCGGUCGAAUCAUUGAAAGAAGCCUACAGCGAAAAGAUCUCCGAUCUCCGUCGCAAAGCAUCCACUGCCGCAACCCCAGAGCCCAGCUCCCCCAUCUCUACAACUGCAGUCCCAGGCACACCCCCAGCCUUCCACCCACCUCCGCCCCCAGGCCAGGAAUCAGCCACCGCAAAGGCCGCACGCCGCGUGUCAGGCGGCGACUCGAGCCCCGUAAAGCCUCUGAGCACAUACCUCGACGUCGAGAAGAUCCGCGAUCUCCCAGCUAAGGAAAUCGAAGCCCUCUGGCGCCUCCGCCACGCAGAGAACUCUCACUCAAUCUCCGCGGUCAUCACACUGGACACAUACAAGCGCAUUGCCCAAGCAGCGCGUCAGAACCCGCAAUUCGUGCUGCCCCUCCCGCGCGCAGAGAUCCCCGCCGAGGAAGCCGAUGCGCAGAACCUCGAGGGAGCUGGAGCUGCUGCCGAGAUUCACUUCUUGCAGUGGGCUUUCCAUCCGCCUGCUGAGGGCUCCAUGCCCUCGCCUUCUAACACCCACACCUCUACUGUGAUCUUCACUAACCUCGGUGCUUAUAAGAUGCAUGGCUCCUUCGCCCAGCCUCAUACUACCGUUACCCACCACCUUGAUUUGGCAGAUGAUAAGGGUUUGGUCCUUAUGCAUGGACAGGUCGUGCCGGAUCGUGGUGUUGACACUACUGAGGCUACUUUCCUUGUCAGUUGCUUGCAGCGGUUCUAUGACUUUGAGGGUCAGGCUAAUGGCCGCAAGGGUGAGCUUGUUCGUAUGUUCACUCGGGGUGAUGUGGAGAACUUUAAGAUUGAGGAGCUUUUGGAGGAAUCUGAAAGACUUCAGUAG